GAGACCUGCUCCGAUCACUGAACAUCACUCUUUCAGAACAGUCUCUUGUUGUUGCCGGUGACCAAUCAGCACAGAGGAACUGUCUUUGCCCUCUGCUUUGUCUCUGGAUGGGACAUACAACCAUGGAGCCAACCUAAGUGGCCCAGUUUUGAGAGGUUCGAGGUCACUUUCUGACAGAGGGUGCUGAACCAGCCGGACCCUGUAGCAAUGGCUCAAUUUCAAGAAAGAAAGGUGGCCACUCUGCCGUCCCGUUCCUGCCAGAGUGUCCCCGGGACUGGCCGACUGCAGAGACGCAUGUGUUUGGAUGACUUCACCUUUGACAGCUUUGAGCUGCUUUACAGUGGAGCUGUCGAAAAGAUCAAAAGCCACAAAAGUAACCUCAACCUCAAGGAGGAGCUGAGGAAGCUGCGGGAAGAGACCAAUGUGGACUCUCUGCGGCAGGAGCUGGACAGAGAGCGGAGCAAGAGGAUAGACCUGGAGCAGAAGAUGAACGAGGUGCUGAAGACCAGGCUGGAAGACUCUCCACCACAGCCUCCCCGGAAACAGCAGUCGCCCUCCAACAAUGGAACAGGUACGACCCUGGGGGAGGUGGAGAGGGAGUGUGUGUGACAGAGAGAGGGAGUG